ACUUGUUAUGAACUUGAGAGAAAUCACAGCAGCUCAUGCUUAUGAAAUCUCUGUGCCUGAUACUGCCUGAGCCACUCCGAUGUUUGCCUGAACACCUGCUGACAUCGCCAGAGACAGUUCAAACUGAAAAUCUUGGAGCCUGACAUGUAGAAAUCUCAACUGGUGGCUCUCUGGGCCCAGAAACUGGUUUAUAAUUUACUCCAAUCAUUAACCUUUGCUUUUCUUUUGUUUCUAGAAAAAUGCCACUACUAAAUACCUGACUGCUUGCUUGCACCUUAUAGGCCUGACUGUGGGAGCCCUCCUGCCUCAUGGCCACUGAAAUAAGACACAACUCUUUAGCUGAACUGACCUAUUCUCAAGACUGAGACUGCUUUGGUGAAAUCUGAAGCAGCUACCAACUUAGCUUCUGGAUUGUGAAACUUCUUAAUCGAAGUUUCAAGUCUAGGGAGCUGCUAGAGGCUUCAGAGCUCCAGCCCAAUGGACCCCACACUGGGAAACAUGGCGUCCUGUCAACUUGCUCUCCUGCUGCUGCUUUUAGGAAGCAUGUCUGCUCCGUCCUCACCGCCAGCCGGGCUGCUAGGGAGGGUCUUCCAGUACAUUGACCUCCAUCAGGACGAAUUCGUGCAGACUCUCAGGGAGUGGGUGGCCGUUGAGAGUGACUCCAUCCAGCCUGUGCCCCGCCUCAGAGAAGAGCUCUUCACCAUGAUGAGCUUGGCUGCAGAGGAGCUCCGGCGCCUGGGCGCCAGCGUGGACGUCGUGGACUCAGGCUCUCAGAAGCUGCCUGGUGGCCAGACUCUCCCGAUUCCUCCUGUCAUCCUGGCUGAACUGGGGAAUGACCCAAAGAAAGCCACCGUGUGCUUCUACGGCCACCUGGACGUGCAGCCUGCCAGACAGGAAGACGGGUGGCUCACCGACCCCUACACGCUGACAGAAGUGGACGGAAAACUUUAUGGACGAGGAGCAACAGACAACAAAGGUCCUGUUUUAGCGUGGAUUAAUGCUGUGAGCACAUUCCGGGCCCUCGAGGAAGAUCUGCCCGUGAAUCUCAAGUUCAUCAUGGAAGGGAUGGAAGAAGCCGGUUCUCUGGCCCUGGAGGAACUUGUCAGAAGAGAAAAGAACCGAUUCUUUUCCAGUGUAGACUACAUCGUGAUUUCAGAUAACCUGUGGAUCAGCCAGAGGAAGCCAGCCCUCGUUUACGGCAUGCGAGGGAACAGCUAUUUCACGGUGGAGGUGAAGUGCAGAGAUCAAGACUUUCACUCAGGAACCUUCGGUGGUAUCCUUAAUGAACCAAUGGCUGAUUUGGUUGCUCUUCUUGGUGGCCUUGUAGACGCAUCUGGUCAUAUUCUGGUCCCUGGGAUCUAUGACCACGUGGCCCCUCUUACGGAAGAAGAGCAGAAGAUGUACGAAGCCAUUGAUCUGGACCUAGAAGAAUACCGGAAUAGCAGCCAGGUGAAGAGAUUUCUGUUUGACACCAAGGAGGAAAUUCUGAUGCACCUUUGGAGGUACCCAUCUCUUUCUAUUCACGGGAUUGAGGGCGCGUUUGAUGAGCCUGGAGCUAAAACAGUCAUACCUGGCCGAGUGACAGGGAAAUUUUCCAUCCGCCUCGUCCCACACAUGAAUACAUCUGUGGUGGAAAAGCAGGUGGAGCGGCAUCUCGAGUAUAUAUUCUCCAAAAGAAACAGUUCCAACAAGAUGGCUGUUUCUAUGACACUAGGACUACUUCCCUGGACUGCAAACAUUACAGAUAAUCAGUACCUUGCGGCAAAAAAAGCCAUCAAAACAGUGUUUGGAACAGAGCCAGAUAUGAUCCAGGAUGGAUCAACCAUACCGAUUGCCAGAAUAUUCCAGGAUAUUAUCCAGAAGAGUGUGCUGAUGCUCCCGCUGGGUGCUGUGGAUGAUGGAGAGCACGCUCAGAAUGAGAAAAUCAACAGGUGGAACUACAUAGAGGGAUCCAAAUUAUUUGCUGCCUUUUUCCUAGAGGUGGCUCAGCUGCACAUUAAUGACAGGAACAGUCCAGCUUAGAUCUGACCUGCUGACAGAUCCCCUCUCCCACACCCCUGAGCAGGAAUAGAGCCUAAAUAGCCAGAGAAUUUGGGUCAGUAAAUAAUGUUUCCCUCCCAUUUAAAGUGUCUUCGGAUAUUUGGACCAGUAAUAAGGUACUUUAAAGGUACAGACGUUGGAUGGUUUACUGUCCCGUUGCUGCGUUCCUAAAGUCACAGCUCCUUCAACGACUUGAUUUCGCCAAGUUCUACUGCAAUAGCCCCUGAAUUGGACUCAUUCUACCUUCAAGCACAAGGCCGAUUCCUCACUUAGACUCUGUCCUGGCAAUUGGAUUGGCGUAGUCACUCUAGUUUGCUUUCCAGGUCCAGAAAUACUCAUGCCACGUAAUCACUCCAGCCAAUGACAGUCAUCACUUGCUUCACCCUCGCUUUUGCCACAUCUUCCUUGUAUCUUAUUAAUAAAACUGUGUGUCUCCACCACUGACUUCCAUGAUGUCCC